ACCCCCAGCAUGCUUGCUAUGAGUCUCCGUGCUCCUAGUACCAAAUUUAAUGUCUUCAGAUCACAUGGUAUCUUUUUAUAGAUCACAUGAAUGUACUUGUGCCCAGAGCCACUGAGCUGCUGACAUGAAGGUCACUUUCUGACUGUCCCCUUCCCUCUCAGCUUGUAUCUCAUGGGGGACAGCAGAAACUCCUAAGGACACCAAUCUCAGGGCAACUGGACCAACAUCAAGGGCACAGAGGAGUGUUUUUUCCCUCCAUUUGUGGAGAUGGCUGGCCUAGUACGGUGUAUUACCAGUUGCUCAGUGCCCUUGCUUCACAGUAUAAAUGUUAGGACAUUACAGCCAGCAACUGGACAACGUUCUUUUAGAACUUUCCAAAUUUUAUGGAGUCAACAGGCAGCAAAAGGAUUUCACUACAAGGAUCUGGUUGUCGGUAUCCCCAAAGAAACAUACAAAAAUGAGAAGCGAGUGGCAGUCUCUCCUGCUGGUGUCCAGAUCUUAGUUAAACAGGGCUUUAAUGUACAAGUGGAACAUGGAGCUGGCAAAGAAGCAAAAUUCUCUGAUGAGCAAUACAAAGAGGCUGGAGCAGUAAUCAAUGAUAUGAAAACUGUAUUUGGCUCAGAUAUUGUUUUAAAGGUACGAGCCCCAUGUUUUAAUGAAGAGCUGGGAGUGCAUGAAGCCAUUUUGCUCAAAGAAAAUGCAACACUUGUCAGCUUCAUUUACCCUGCUCAGAACCCGGACCUCCUAGACAAACUUGCCCAACGCAAAGCCACAGUCUUGGCAAUGGACCAAGUUCCUCGAGUCACUAUUGCUCAAGGAUAUGAUGCUCUAAGCUCGAUGGCUAACAUCGCAGGGUACAAGGCUGUAGUCCUGGCAGCCAAUCAUUUUGGUAGAUUUUUUACUGGUCAGAUAACAGCAGCUGGAAAAGUUCCUCCUGCAAAGAUGUUGAUAAUUGGUGGUGGUGUGGCUGGGCUGGCUGCUGCAGGAGCUGCUAGAGCAAUGGGAGCCAUUGUCAGGGGAUUUGACACCAGGCCUGCAGCACUGGAGCAGUUUAAGUCCCUUGGAGCAGAAACUCUAGAAGUGGACAUUGCAGAAACUGGAGAAGGGGUCGGAGGUUAUGCAAAAGAAAUGUCUAAAGAAUUUAUUGAAGCAGAACUGGCAUUGUUUGCUAGACAAUGUAAAGAUGUGGAUAUUGUUAUUAGUACUGCUCUUAUUCCAGGAAAGAAAGCUCCAAUCCUAAUCACUAAGACUAUGGUGGAAUCAAUGAAGGAUGGCUCAGUCAUUGUAGAUCUUGCAUCUGAGGCUGGGGGGAAUGUGGAAACAACUCACCCUGAAGAGCUCUACAUUCACAAGGGUGUGGUGCACAUUGGUUAUACAGACUUGCCAAGUAGAAUGGCUACUCAGGCCAGUAGCCUUUAUUCCAACAACAUCUUGAAAUUAUUAAAAGCUAUUUCUCCUGACAAAGAAUAUUUUUAUUUUGAGCCAAGGGAUGAUUUUGAUUAUGGGACUAUUGAUCAUGUCAUUAGAGGAACUGUGAUAAUGAAGGAAGGCAAGACUUUAUUUCCAGCACCUUUACCAAGAACAGCACCACCUUCUGCUCCUGCUAAACCAAAAUCUGUGCAGGAGUUAGAAGCAGAGAAACAAGCUUUGAUCUCACCAUUCAGGAAGACCAUGACAUCAGCUGGAGCUUACACAGCAGGCUUGACAAGCAUUUUGGGACUGGGGCUUGUUUCUCCCAAUUCUGCUUUUACCCAAAUGGUGACUACAUUUGGGCUUGCUGGAAUAGUUGGUUAUCAUACUGUCUGGGGAGUCACUCCUGCCUUGCAUUCACCGCUCAUGUCAGUAACAAAUGCAAUUUCUGGUCUUACUGCUGUUGGAGGUUUGGUUUUAAUGGGAGGAUCUUACUUCCCUAGCGGUAUUCCUCAAACCUUAGCCUUAGUAGCUGCAUUUGUUUCAUCUGUGAAUAUUGCAGGUGGUUUCUUAAUUACACAGCGAAUGCUGGAUAUGUUCAAGCGACCUACAGAUCCACCUGAAUAUAAUUACCUCUACCUCCUCCCUGGAGCUCUGUUUGUUGGGGGUUAUGGUGCCUCUCUUGCCAGUGGACAUAGUAUUGAACAGAUGAUGUAUCUGGGCUCAGGCCUUUGCUGUGUUGGUGCACUGGCAGGACUUUCUAGUCAGAACACUUCUAGACUUGGUAAUGCCCUAGGUAUGAUUGGGGUGGCUGGUGGUUUAGCUGCUACGCUAGGAGCACUGAAACCUGCCCCAGAAUUACUCGCUCAGAUGUCCACUGCCAUGGCUAUUGGUGGCACAAUUGGUCUUACCAUUGCGAAACGGAUUGAAAUCUCUAACCUUCCCCAGCUUGUAGCUGCAUUUCACAGUCUGGUUGGUUUGGCAGCUGUUCUUACAUGCAUUGCUGAGUAUAUGAUUGAAUAUCCACACCUUGAUGUUCACCCUUCUGCCAAUGUUCUCAAAACUGUUGCCUAUUUAGGGACCUACAUUGGGGGUGUCACCUUCAGUGGCUCUUUAGUGGCUUAUGGAAAAUUGCAAGGUAUGCUGAACUCAGCAGCACUCCUUCUACCUGGUCGCCAUUACCUGAAUGGUGGUUUGUUGGCAGCAUCAGUAGGUGGUAUGAUCCCUUUUAUGUUGGAUCCAAGCUUCACUACUGGCAUGGCCUGUCUCCUUGGUGUUUCAGGGCUCUCUUCCAUCAUGGGAGUGACUCUUACAGCAGCUAUAGGUGGAGCUGACAUGCCUGUGGUCAUCACUGUCCUGAACAGCUACUCUGGCUGGGCUUUGUGUGCAGAAGGUUUUCUUCUUGACAACAACCUGAUGACAAUUGUUGGUGCCUUGAUUGGUUCAUCUGGAGCUAUCCUCUCUUACAUCAUGUGUGUGGCCAUGAACAGAUCUUUGCCAAAUGUAAUUUUGGGUGGAUAUGGCACAACUUCUACAGCUGGAGGGAAACCUAUGGAAAUUGUUGGAACACAUACUGAAAUUGGAGUUGACCAAGCUAUUGAAAUGAUAAAAGAAGCUAACUCUAUCAUCAUUACCCCAGGCUGGGGUCUUUGUGCAGCCAAGGCCCAGUAUCCUAUUGCUGACAUGGUGAAAAUGCUUAAUGAACAAGGAAAGAAUGCCAGGUUUGGCAUCCAUCCUGUAGCAGGCCGGAUGCCAGGACAGCUGAAUGUGCUGCUGGCAGAAGCUGGUGUACCUUAUGAUGUUGUAUUAGAAAUGGAUGAGAUCAAUGAAGAUUUUCCAGAAACAGACUUGGCUCUGGUCAUUGGUGCAAAUGACACGGUGAACUCUGCAGCCCAGGAAGAUCCCAAUUCUAUUAUUGCCGGCAUGCCAGUCUUAGAGGUCUGGAAAGCUAAGCAGGUUAUUGUCAUGAAGCGUACACUGGGAGUUGGGUAUGCAGCUGUGGAUAACCCUAUUUUUUACAAACCUAACACUUCAAUGUUGCUUGGAGAUGCAAAGAAAACAUGUGAUGCUUUGCAAGGCAAGAUUAGGGAAAUGUAUUAUACUCAUUAACAAUGUUAUUUAGACUUGUAAAAAGGAACAAAAUAUCAUUUGUAUUUUUCAGUACAGUUUGGAGGCGCAUCCAGCACCUUAUUUAUAUAGAACCAUUUAAAAAAUAAAAGGGCAUCCAAACUUAACAAAUUAGCUGGUAGAUUGACUGCUGGUUUGUGUGCCUUAGCAGACACAAAUGUAUGUCUUUACAUGUAAUAAAAAACACUUUUGCUCUAUACCCACUGCAAAUUAUUUCUCCCAUAUUGCAAUCCCAGACACAGCACUUCAAUUGCUAUGGCUUCCUUUUAGAUUUAAAGCAAGAGAAACAAUAGUGGAAAACCUUUGGUUUGUCCUGCUGCUAUAAGAAGAAGAUCAUGCGGUGCAAACCUAUUAUCUG